AUGAAUCAGCAGCAGCAGAAGCAGCAGAAUAAGACCAGCGGCACCCAGCCGGUCGACAAGGUGACCAAGGCAGGUGGCAACUGUAGCAAGACGGUCGAUCCCAUCAUCAAGGUCAUACAGCGCCCGCGCCGCAUUCCCAAGAAGAGACUCGGUGACGCUUCUACUCUGGACACGGCGGAUGACGAUAAGUACGACGACGCCUGGCUCCCCGAGUACGGCGAUGGCGUGUCCACGGACAAGAUUGUUGGGGACGACUGGGUGGAGGUCAAGAAGCCGACUUCAACCCGCUAA